AUGUUGGGGACCGCCUUCACCGUCGGCACCGCCCUUGGCUCGGACAUCCUAUCGGUGAAGACCACGCACGUAGAGGACUCGCACUGGUGCGGCUGCUCGAUCAAGUCGGGCGGGCCGAUCUGCACCGUGCAGCGCUUCUCGACUCGCACUAAGAUGUGCGAUGACUGCUCCGGCUGGCUCGAGCAAACUGCCUCGGCCUACUCGCUCUACCACAGCAUCGGCUCCGGCUACACGGACAAGUGGGCAAGCGCUCCUUUUGCCGGCACCGGCUCAGCGCGGCACGGGCCAAACACGAUCGCGCCGUGGUUGCUCGGGGACGGCCUCGACCACGCCGUGGAGAGCGACCAUGCCGUGGACGCGCGGGUCGAGGCGACCAACAAGGGGGCGUACGACGUGACCAGCGAGGGCGCGAUCGACGGCUGCGGCAAGGCCGGCGAUCUGAAUCACUUCUCGCCAAGGUUUGGAGCGGCGCACGCAUGGGAUGAGGGCGUUGCCCGCUACGCCGGCACACUCGGCCCGCAUGUGGAAACGCGCCAGGAUCUCGCCUACGAACCAGCGGAGGAGCGCGACAGCAUUGGCACUCACCGCGAGCUGAACGAGUCCUUCGGCGCUUCUGCAGCGGCGCUGCUGCUCCUCCUCGCUGCGUGUUGUGCGCUGCUGCUUGGCAUCAAGCUGCUGCGGCAGCAACGUCUCGGCGCGGCCUCGGAAAAGCGGGCCAAGAGGAAGGCAGUCAGUCAGGUGGGCUGGAGGCAUGGCGCGGUCCGCUUGCUCCUGCUGCUCUCGUGCCUCGCGGCGACUUGGGCCACCUCUGACUUGGCUGGGGCACACCAGAGGCGCCACC